AUGAAUAACAGUCUUUCAGCACUGUAUGUAGGUGAUCUGCAUCCAGAAGUGACAGAGUCCAUGCUGGUGGAGGGGUUCAGCUCUGCAGGCCACGUUCACUCUGUCCGGGUCUGCAGGAAAUGGAAUAACGGCGUCUCACUUAACUAUGCAUUCGUCAACUUUUACAAACAAGCCGAUGCUGAGCGAGCAUUGGCAACUCUUAAUUGUAAGCUCCUUAUGGGGUGGCCCAUGAGAGUCAUGUGGUCUCAGAGAGAUUUCACCUUGAGGAAGAGCGGCGUCGGGAACUUGUUCAUCAGAAACUUGGACAUGACGACGAUUGACAGCAUGGCCCUUUUUGACCUCUUUUCGGUUUCUGGGAAUGUCCUGUCAUGCAAGGUUGUCGCUUACAAGACAGGAACAAAAGGGUACGGCUACGUCCAGUUUGAGUCUCCAGGGGCGGCGAAUGUGGCGAAGGAGAGACUUGACAGCAAACUCUUCAACGACCACAAAGUCUCCAUCGAACACUUUAAGUCCCGUAAGGAGCGCAAGGCUGAAGGGAACCGCCACACUUAG